AUGUUUGAUCCAUUGGACAUGUAUGAUGCGGACUCACAAAGUUCAUUUGAUGAGGGUUUGGAGCUUUUUAAUCCAUUAAAUAGAGAGAGAAACGACAAUUAUGUUAAGAGCAAAAGUGAUGAAUUGGAAAUUUUAAAGGGCGUUGAACAAGAAGAUGAAGAUGAGGAUGAGGACUCUAUUGUAGAGGUACUUGAUUUACCUUCAGUCCAUUAUGCUAAGCCUGAGGUCAUACUUUGUAUUUUAUUAUUAUUACGACCUGAUGUUCAAGUUAACUUUCAAAAAAAGCAAGUAGAUAAUGAUGAAUCUGAUGUCGUUAGUAGAACUUGUAAAGAAAAAGGAAUAUCAAAUGAGAUUCUACUAGAAUUAGUCAAAUGGUAUACCGAUAUUUUCCCUAAUAGCAAUUUAAAUAGUACUCAGAAGCUUUGUUUGAAGAUUCCUCAAGUUAAAAAUACAUCAACAAAAGAAUUAUUAUUGAAUUAUUAUACAUCGAUUCUAAAAAAAUUUGAGAUGCUGCAAUCCAAUGAUACCAACAAUAUCGAUGAUCAAAUUAUAGAAUCUAUAUUGAAGGAAUCAAGCCUAAGAGUAUCUGAAAAUUGUGGAAGAACUGCUCAACCAUCGAUGACAAGGGAAUUUAAAAUGGAUAACCUUGAUCAAACUGUUAAACUAUAUGAACCAUCAUUAACUGCAGAUAAUUUAGGUUGGAAAACCUGGGGAUCUUCUUUAAUAUUAUCUCAAAAGAUGGUUAAUUUUUUAAACAACUAUAAAUAUAGCAACCAAAGUGACGAUAAAUUAAGAAUUUUAGAGUUGGGAGCAGGUACAGGUUUAGUUGGCAUUUCAUGGAGUUGCAAAUGGAAAGAAAUGAUGAAACUUACAAAUGGGAACAAUCUUCCAAACACAGAAAUUAUUUUGACUGAUCUUCCAGAGAUUGUUGGGAAUCUACAAAGAAAUAUUUCAAUCAACAAUUUAAAUGAUAUCGCAAGAGCCUCUGUGCUAGAUUGGACUAAUCCUAAAAGUUUUAUUCAAGAAUAUUCUAAUGAAAAAUUUGACAUCAUAUUGGUUGCAGACCCGAUUUAUUCACCAAAACAUCCAGAAUGGGUUACUACAAUGAUAUCCACGUUCCUCAAAUCAAAUAAUGAUGCAAGAUGUUACUUACAACUACCAAUAAGAGCAAAAUACAAGGAGGAAAGGUCAAAACUAUGGGAACUGUUAAAACACGAUAACCUUAAAACGGUUUCUGAGGAACAGGAUGUUGGAACCGAUGAUUGGGGAACCGUUGAAUACAUUUUCAAAGAGUUAUCAUGGGAAUAA